AUGCUUAGCUGCUGCUCGGAGAAGGGGAAAGGCCGGGAGAGAGGUGGAACGGAGGAUGCGGAGGCUGACGACAGCAGCGUGAUAAUCCAACGGGCUGGAGACAGAGUCCCCUAUGAUAACGAGGCCGACUCGACAGCCAAAAACAGGAGCAGAAGAAAACAAGACAGGACUGUCACAAGCGAGGUGCGCAAGCACACAGGUAAAUGGACCAAAGGAUUUUUAAAGACAAGCGGAGAGGUUUUCAUCAAGCAGAGGUCAUUGUCUCUGCUUUGACUUCUAUCUGAUACCUCUUCACUCCCACAUCUCUGGAAUUCAAGAGGUCCUGGAGUUUAAAGGAGUUGUUCCACCAUCACUCUUACGCAUCGUAGUUCACCUCCCAAAAAUAAAGACUUCCUCCCCUCCUCUUAUCAACAAGCUGAGGGCAGGGAUCACACAAGGUCUCCUCUUGACCAAACUGGACCAAGAGCAAGAUAAAUACUGAAGGGUGUUAUGUCUUUUUUUUCACACCCUCCAGUCAAUAUAUGACACAGCAGCCACUUAAAACAUGAACUUGUUUGGGUGAGAAACGGCCAAGCGGAGCACAGGAUAUAGUCUCCGACAACACCUCUUGGACCUUUCUGAACUGCCUGUAAUCAUUCUGAACACACUCUGUGAAUGCAGAAAUCCACCAAGUUGUGCUGUAUGUACAUAUUCGAGCAUUUGUGUGCACGUAUGACAUAAAAUAUUGUGUUAUAGUGGUAAUAACCGAGUGAGGACAUAUAUUUGUGCUGAAGUGUUGCAAAUCUCUGUGUGUGCUAUAGGGAUUGAUCAGAAACAGCUCAACUCGAAACAACAAAAAGCCAUCUUUAGUAGUGAACACUGGUCGGUUAAAGUAAACUGGAUUGUGAAAUCAUCUCUAUAAAUUAGCCAUCUCUGAAUAAGACUAAAGUAUUGUGUUGCUCUGGCUGAACUGUUCUAUCAGUUUUUUCCUCAUAAAGACUCAGGCUGACAGUUUUACCCGCCAGGGGGGGGUUUAGAGGGAAACAUGAAGGGAACAAUCCGCCCCCAUGUCCCCUCUAAUGGCUGACUUCGAAGUAGGAGUCCAACCUUACUUUUGCGCCGAACUUGGCAGGGGUGUGCAGUUCUGAUCAGAGCUCCAGCCCUUCUCUCUCACAUCUCCUGAGGAGUGCGAAUGUCCUGCCUCAGACGUCAGCCAAUCGCCAUCCCCAUGGACACCGUCAAAAUAAUCCAAUCGGAGAAGUUUCCCAGAGAGUGCCCCGUGCCCGUCACCCAGCCGCGGUAUGCUCCGCCACCCAGAGUGGCGUGGGACGGCGGCGGCGAGGGGGAAAUCAUCGUCAACCAGGCCUGCAGUGACCUGACCCUGGACAUGGUGGGUUCCUCGAGACCGAUGGUGUCUCCCCCGGCCUCAGUGAUGCGCAGGGAGCAGAGCUUCCUGGCGCAGCGUAAAUCCAGUGCCAACGAAAUCUGCUACCACCAGUUCCACUACAAGAUGGACGACGUCAUAGUCAACCAGUACGUGCUGCGCUCCUCCUCCACCUCCUCCUCCACUUCCUCGUCCUCUUCCUCGGGGCCCGUCAUGCCCUGCGAGCCCCUGGACUGCCCCACCUGCGGUCACACUUACAACUUUGCCGGGAAGCGUCCGCGCAUCCUCUCCUGCCUGCACUCGGUGUGCGAGGAGUGCCUGCAGAUCCUCUACGAGUCCUGUCCCAAGUACAAGUUCAUCUCCUGCCCCACGUGCCGCCGUGAGACGGUGCUCUUCACUGACUAUGGCCUGGCUGCCCUGGCCAUCAACACCAGCAUUCUGAGCCGCUUGCCCUCUGACCCCAACGGGCCCGUGCAGUGGGGCGGGGAGGCCGACCGCAGCUGCUACCAGACUGUGCGUCAAUACUGCCAGUCAGCCUGCACCUGCCAGAUCGCCAACCCCUUGUCCUCCUGUGGCAUCAUGUAGACAAGGGGGGCCCCUGCAGGCUUGACUCGAUGCUGCUCCCCACCACCUUUCUCGUCAACUAUAAGCUAAACCCUCUCUGCCAAACCCCUUCUCACACACAUGCAGUGAUUAUCUCCCUCCAUAGAUGUUAACUCUCUAUAUUUAAUAGCACAGAUGGAUGCUGUGUGGGACUAAUGGAUGCUGGUGACUCGGUCUAUAUGGUAAAUAAAUGUAUUUUAUGUAUGGACUGGAAACUAAUUCACCCUUUCUCAUUUGGUUGGACGUGUUUGUCAUGACAUCUCUUUACAUGGGAAUGCCAGGGGAAGUCUGUCCCCCCCAACCUAGGUGAAUAAAGAUUAAAUAAAUGAGCUAAGUACACCGUUGUGGCCUGCACUUGUUCUCCUCUGUCAUGAGAGAUUAUUGCUAAUGAAACUUACAAAGGCUUUCUUAGAGGAAUAUUACGGAAGUAAUCAUUUUGUCGUCUUUUCAGGGAAAAUUUGAAAGGUAAACACUUUACAGAUAAGAGAUAACCGGAUCACUGUUAUUUCAUAUUUCACUGACUUGAUAUGUAUUGUUUAAUAAGCUCCUUCCCCCUUCCAGUGACACAAUAUUACCUGACAGAAAAAACAG